GUACUCGCUAAUUGUGACUUAGGAUUGUGUGCACGACUGAUGCAACUGACCAGCUAUUGUUUGCCUUUCCUGUCUUGCAGAUCUAAGGGCUCGGGCGCUUUGCGAUGGUGCCAUCGUCUUCGUUGGCUCUUAGCACCUGUUCUGCAAGCGCAUCUCGCAUGGGCAAGCCAGAAGCCCUUGUGUCUUCGGACUUGUCUGAAGGCGCGGAGGCAAGGUGCAAUGAUCACACAGCCGGCAGGGUGAGGGGUGGGGCCAUGUCGAGGCAGCCUUCGCUCCCGUCCAUCAUUAGGUGCAGAGCUGACCGGGCAAGAUGUGGGUCAAUGUGGCGGUUGGGGGAGGUGCGGACACACUGUCCAUUGCCGGGUUGCUGCUGUCAUGGCAGCCAGCGUCCACUGCAUGUAAAAGGUCUUCCCGUCACCAAUCCGGCUGUGCUCUUGCACUGCACGACAUCUAACACUGCCUGCUCUUCUCUUUCUCCCCCAUCUUCGGCUUCUCACUGCAAAAUCUCGAGGAGGAGAAGGGGACAACUGUCACCAAGGCGCAGCUCCAAGGCUAGAUUGGCAUGGCUGUCGAGCCCACCGCAAGCUAGCCUGGCACACAAGAAGCUGCCUGCUUCAGCCGAUCAUUCCCCGAUGGAAGAUUCCCUAAUCGGCCGCUCCACACAAUCUCAUUGUGCCACUAGUGACGGCACAAGUGUGUACGUUUCAAGGUCAUCUGGAUGCAAGCCACAGAUGCAGUGGAGGAGGCAGCUGCUCACUGGCAGGAAGGAGUUUGUGCAGAAUUCCUUGAGGCCGAAUUGUUCGAGUUCUUGCAGUCGGGGAAUGUGUGGACGACCGUCCUUUCCUGCUGCCAAGCAUGGGAAGACGGCCACGAUAACCAGUACGAAUGCGUUGCCUUCUUCGGUGGAGAGCAAUGCGUCUGCUGACUCUGCUGAAAGCGUAGAAAGCGUUGUCGCAUUGGACGAUGACAACCAUAUCCAGUGCGAUAUCUGUUCAGGAUCGGGAUGGUUUGUCUGUGAUUUUUGUCAGGGGCAGAAGACAAACGUUCAAGUUAAUAACAGUACUCGGAUGUAUAGACGCUGCCCUUCUUGUAAAGCAGCUGGUGUGUUGAUGUGUCCAAAGUGCAAGUCACUCAAGUGUGUGACAUUUCCAGGGUUGGAGGACGAACCCUCCACUUUUUCGGAAUGGAUUUGAUGAAUUUUGAUCAUUUUCGAAUUUCGAUGAUUAUUUUCAAUUGUGAUAAUACUUGGGCUGUGGUUUGCCAGUGCAGCAGCUGGAGUGAGCGAUCGAUUUCUGCGGGGCAUAUUAUGUGAGGUGCGGUGCACGCAGCACGGUGCGCUGAUCGCUGAUGCGCAAAACAAAACAAAACAAAAAAC